UUUUUUUCAUAAUAAUUUAUAAAGUUAUUAAAUAAAGAGCAUGUGAAGACAAACAAGAGUCGCGUAAAUUUUGGAAAGAAUAGUCAAACUUUUUUUGGAUUAUUAUUUAUAAGCUGGAGCAAUUUGGAUAACUCAUAUUUUGGAAUUAUCAUUGGAUCGUAUACAAGAUAUGAGACAUGUCUGCUGGGACAAGGAAAUUCGCCAAAGGCCUGAACAGACCAGGAACGGCGUCCAAACGAAGAGAGAGCGCAACACAGGCUGUCAGAGAAAGCAUGUAUUCGUCUGUUGGUUCAGAACUGCUAAAGUCAACACUGACAGAACCGAUUGACUAUGAAGCAUUUCUAUUAAAACGACAGAGUGAGAUCAUCAACGACUCUCACAGGAAUUUACUGGAAUUUCCUACAGAUGACUACGAGGCCACACAACAAACCCAAGAUCGUAGGACAGAGAUAGAUUCUGUACCUGAUGGAGCAGAAAAGGAAGCAUCAAGUCUGAUGGUCAAAGAGUGCAUCAAGACUUAUCAGAAUAGCUGGCAUCUUAUCAAACACAAGUAUGAAGAAUAUGCUGGGAGUUAUCUGCAACUACCUGAUCAUGGACUCAAGCCACCGCCUCUCAAGGAAGUGGUUUACGAAGUGGAUGAAGAGGCAGAUUUUGAGGAAGACAAUCUACAGAUCUUACACAAAGAAGGUGUCACGAAGAGAGGGUGGCUGUACAAAGCACCUUCAUAUACUGGCAGUAGUAUCUCUAUAAGGUCAUUCAAGCGUCGUUACUUCGAUUUAAAGCAAAUGCCAGACAGUUCUUACAUCCUGAACUACUACAAAGAUGAGAAAACAUCUCGAGAUCCAAAAGGGGCUAUUUAUUUAGAUUCUUGCAUUGGUGCACAUUCGGUUAGUUGGACAACGAAAGGUCGCAAAUAUGCCUUCGAAAUCAGAAUGCAAGAUCAGAGUUGUCAUCUGCUAGCGGCAGAAACGGAGCACGAAGCCAAUGAAUGGAUUGGAACUAUAAACCACGCUUUACAAAACGCAAUUGAGGCACAACUACAGAAUGAAGAACAGUCUAAGAUUGCCCAACAAGAAAUUGAAUCAAAAUCAGGAGGAACCAUGGAGAGUCUGCAGAGCAGUAUGCAUCCAGAACUUGUCAAAUAUUCGAAAGAAACCGAUCAGAAGAAUGCAACAGCUAGAAAAGAUGGAAGACUGAAUCUUGUGCAUAUUUAUCCCGAGUUCCAGGAAAAAUAUCUUAAGGUCCAGCGAUCAGCCGAGUCAAUGUUGCCUCCACCACCAGUGAAGCAUCAUAAGCACAGAGUGUUGGUUCAAUGCAAGACAAUCAGCUUCAAUCUACGUGGCGUCGUCAUAGAUGGUGCUGAAGAGCCUAAAACAAGUGUCGAACCAUUCUUUGUGACUCUUUGUUUAUACGACGUCGCACAAAUGAAGAAGAUAUCGGCUGAUGUUCAUGUCGAUCUCAACCAUGAUCUGGUUCGUAAAAUGAUUCCAGAACGUGAACUCUCGUCCAGGAAAGCUUCAUCACCGUCUGGCAGUAUACGCACAACAUCAGAUAUCGACGAAAGCAAGACCGGGGAACCGAUUCUUAACAUGAUUAAAAAACAAUGGAUUGCUUACCCUAAGAAUUGUGUGUUCAAUGUCAGCAAACCUCAUCCCGAUAUCUAUUUGGUCGUUCGGAUUGAAAAAGUUCUGCAAGGAAGUAUUAAAUCGUGCACUCAACCUUACAUGAAAUCUGACGGGGACAUCAACAAAACUGCAAUGAAGGUUCUGAAACACGCCAAAGUUGCCUGCCAAAGACUUGGCCAAUAUAGAAUGCCAUUUGCAUGGACGGCAAAGCCACUGUUCUGUGAUUCUGAAGGUACGUUAGAAGAUGCAGAAUUCAUGGACGUUUUCAAACAAGAAUCUUCGAAACUGGGAGAAGAGAAUUUGUUGAAGUAUUUGACAGACUUUAGAAAACCUGAAAAACUUAAAUUGGAAUACAUCGAAUGUAACUUGGUUGCUGAUUUUCAUAGAGUUCCUUCAGAUGUGACAAGUCUGCUUAGCCCAUCUCUUGUACCUGUGAAGCCGUAUGAUGAGAAAUCGGAACCAAUUCUAGAGGUUGAUGAAUUCUUGCCGGCGUCUCUUUCUGACCAGAAUAUGAACAUGGAAUAUGUCAAUCAUUUUUAUAUCUAUCCAAGAUCACUGAAGUAUGACAGCCAGAAGUCUUUCCCUAAGGCUCGCAACAUUGCAGUUGUUAUUGAAUUUCGAGAGUCUGAUGCAGAAGGUUCUACACCGCUUCGUUCGUUUUACAAUCGGCCGGGGAAUGAAGUUUUUGCAAAGAGAGUUUCAGCUGCUGUAUUACAUCACAAUGAGACUCCAGAAUUUUAUGAAGAGUUCAAACUUGCUCUGCCUCCUCAGCUACACAGUGGACAUCAUUUACUGUUCUCAUUCUACCAUAUAUUCGUGGAUAUGAGCGGAAAAAAGAAGGAUGCUACAAGAAUAGAAAUCGGCCAUGCAUGGCUCCCACUUCUUACGAAAGACGGUCAAGUUUGGUGCAACGAACAGACGCUACCGGUGUCAAUGAAUCUUCCACCUGGAUAUUUGUCGCAAGAUUUGAACUUGAGCGGACGAGGGCAACAGCAUGCAGGACCAGAACUAAAAUGGGUGGACGGAGGAAAACUAUUGUUUCGUUUAUCAACACGGCUUGUUUCCAGUGUCUACACAACUGACCCUCACAUUCAUAAUUUCUUCGACAGUUGUCAGAGAUCUCUCACUGGGAAUGCAACAGAUCAUGAUGUUGUGAAAUACUUGAAGACCCUCUUAGCUGCUGAUGACAAGCCUCUCAUCCAAUUUCUACCAACAAUGUUAAACCAGCUAUUGAAGCUGUUGGCCUCACCGAAAUCAACCAGAGAAGUAAAAUCAAAUUGUAUCAAGUCAUUGGUUCAUAUUGUCACCAUCUGUCACAAGAGUGAAAACCACAAGGAUUUAUUGAAGCAGUAUAUAAAAUACAUGUUCGUCACUGAGCCUUGGCCUGAUUACCAAACUCCUACAGUCCACGAAGAGCUUGUUAUCAACAUGACGGAACUUCUGCGGCCAUCUGUGACUGAUUUCUUAACGAUGAAUAAACUGUUGCGGCAUUUAUCCUUCUUUCUUGAAAUUGUUGUCAAGAGUAUGGCUCAACAUUUAAUCAUGGCACAAAAAAUAAAACAACGACGCAAUGAAAGAUUUCCGGUCUCAUUUCAACAUGCGAUACAGAGCUUACUCACGACUACGGUGCCUCAUAUUGUUGGAAAAUGGAAGACCAACUAUGACGAAGUCUGCAACGCCAAUCUGAGUAUUGCACAGUUCGUCAAGAAUUGUUUUACUUAUGUUGAUCGAGGGUUUGUGUUCAAACUCAUUAACCAUUACUUGGUUAACUUCAAUGCCAAUGAUCCAAAGGUCCUGUUUGAGUUCAAGUUUGAAUUUCUCAGAGUCGUUUGCAACCAUGAACAUUAUAUUCCACUCAAUCUACCGUUCGCUGCCAAUGUCAAGAGGAAUAAAACAGAUUACAACUACAGUCUGAGUGAAGAUUAUUGCAAGAAUCAUUUCCUAGCUGGACAUUUAUUACAAAGUUUGAAUGCUGCGAUGUAUGAACCUUCAGAAAUCAGAAGUAUCGCAAUCGAGACUUUGAAGAAUGUGCUUGCAAAACAUGCUUUUGAUCCCAGGUAUAACACACCAGGCCACCAAGCCAGGAUAGCUGCUUUGUAUUUGCCGUUCCUAAGAAUUGUCCUGGACAAUGCCGGGAGAUUUUCACUAGAGAAUGAUGGAUCUUAUUCCUCUCGAGAUGACUUGGACAACACUCCAUCAAAGUUUAAUGACUCAGCUAUUUCUGGUUCCUACUCCCCGAAAAUUGACAGAAUUAAUGGAAGUUUGAGAAUGGGGAGAAAUCCAGCGGACGCAAACAUGUUGAGCGCUAUAGCCAACCCUGGACUUCUUGGAAAAGAUUCAAGAGCCUCACUUGCAGUCAAUGAAGCCAGCACGCAGCACUGGACAGAGUUGGUUGAAAGGAAUCUCAGCCUCACGAGCGCAACCCGUUUAUUAGGCACAGAGCGUUUCGACAUCUCAGAAUCUCGUAGUCUUCUUCUCUGCUUCCUCCAAGUAUUGAAGAACAUCCCUCCUGAUGCUCUCAAAGGUUUCUGGCUUCAGUCUACCACUGAUGAACAAAUUGAAUUUUUUGACCUUAUCGAGGUCUGCAUGUAUCAGUUCAGAUAUACUGGUAAAAGACAACAAAUACAAAAUAUAAGAUUUGGUUCUGUUUCUAAAAAAUCUAGCAAAGCGUUGACGAUGCCAGCCAGAAUCCGGCCUGGGACUUCGCACCAGUAUAAGCAUAUCAGUAUUCUGGCUGAACCAAUGGUUGCACAAUCUGGUCGACUCAUAGAUGAACAAGACGCCGCUCACAAUUCGAUGUUGGAGGCGAAUCUGGCUUCGGAAGUUGGAAUGAUUAUCCUGGAUGUAUUGGGAGACUUCACUCGACAUUUCAAGAAAUAUCUCCAAAACAAAGAAGGAGACAACCCACUCAUGCAGAGACUAUCUUCAGUGUUUCUUCUCUUCCUGCAAAUCAGCCAAUCAGAAUACGUAUUAAAACAUGCAUUUGCAUCACUGAGACUCUUCAUGUGUAAAUUUCAACCUGCUCUUUUCCGUGGUAAAGCCGAUCUUUGCGCUUCGUUGAUCUACUACGCCCUCAAGUGUUGUAAUUCUCGUCUCGCAAGUACUCGAUCAGAAGCGUGUGCACUACUAUAUCUUCUCAUGAGGACAAAUUUUGAGUUUUCGGGGAGAAAUUUUGUGAGAUCUCACCUUCAGAUGAUCAAAGCAGUAUCCCAGCUUAUCAGUGAAGAAGUCGGAAUCGGGAAUUCAAGAUUUCAGAAUUCAUUAUCUGUUAUCAACGCCUAUGCUCAGAGUGAUAAGGGAAUGCAGCAUUCUGUCUUCCACAUUGAAGUAAAAGAUCUAACAAAACGAAUCCGUACGGUAUUGAUGGCAACGGCAGCCAUGAAGGAGCACAAAGACGACCCAGAGAUGUUGGUUGACCUUCAAGACAGUUUGGCAAAGUCAUACGCAGCUACUCCUGAACUUAGAAAAACCUGGCUUGAAUCAAUGGCAAGGGUGCAUGAAAAACAUGGGAAUUUCUCAGAGGCUGCCAUGUGUUACAUUCAUAUUGCUGCAUUGGUUGCGGAAUACCUGAAAAGAAAAGCCAUGCGUAACUUACCAACUAACGGACCGGCAACACAAAACAACCAAUCAGGAUUUAUUUCUCGCUUCUUUCCUGGUGGUUCGACACCAAAUCCAACUCCAGAAAACGAAACCUCGCAAGAAAGUGGGGAUCACUCAUUUAAUACGAUGUUUAUUGUGGAUUGUAAAAGUCUCAUUAGUAAGGGUUGUUCUGCAUUCCGAACAAUUUCACCUAAUGUAGAAAAAGAAGAAUCUGCCAUAAAGGAAGAUACUGGAAUGCAAGAUGUGCAGUAUAAUGAGGACGUCUUGACUGAGCUUCUUCGACGAUGCGUAUCAGUAUUACAAACGGCAGAAAGAUAUGAACUGAUGGCAAGUGUGUUCAGAAUGAUUAUUCCGUUCUAUGAAAAGAACAGAGAUUAUAUGGGCCUUGUUGAAAUCUACGGUACAUUGAAAGAUUCCUACGCGAAGAUCGUGCAGGUGAACGCAAGCGGAAAGCGAAUGUUAGGAACGUAUUUUCGUGUGGCUUUCUACGGCCAACAAUACUUUGAUGAAGAGGAUGGAAGGGAAUAUAUUUAUAAGGAACCAAAGUUGACCCAACUCUCAGAAAUCUCGAUGCGUCUCCAGCACAUGUACGGUACAAAGUUUGGACAUGAGAAUAUAAAGCUGAUACAGGAGUCUAACAAGGUAAACCGCAAAGAUCUGGACCCCAAGUUUGCAUACAUCCAAGUGACUUAUGUUCAACCAUAUUUUGACGAACAAGAAAUUGAGCAUCGGAAGAAUUAUUUCGAGAGGGCUCAUAAUCUUCGAAACUUUGUUUUUGAGACUCCUUUCACCCCCGGUGGUAAAGCGAGAGGCGGAAUUGAAGAACAAUGGAAAAGGAAGACUAUUCUAUCAACUGCCCAUAGUUUUCCUUACAUCAAGAAGCGAAUCAUGGUCACAUCGCAACGUAGUUUCGAACUCAAGCCCAUCGAAGUAGCUCUUGAUGAAAUGGUUAACAAAUGCGCAGAACUAGAAGAAUUGGUUCUUGCUCCAAACAUUGAUUUGAAGAAGUUACAACUUAGACUACAAGGAUCUGUCAGUGUCCAGGUGAACGCUGGACCACUUGCAUAUGCCAAAGCUUUCCUUGAAGAUGCUAAAGUAUCAUGCCACCCUGCUAACACAGUAGAAAGAUUGAGGAAGAUAUUCAGGAAAUUUGUUGGAUUAUGCGGACAAGCGUUAGAUAUAAAUGAGCAAUUGAUCUCUUCUGACCAGCACGACUAUCACGAGAACUUGAGAGAAUGUUUCCAUGGCAUGGCUGCAGAAUUAUCACAGAUACUGCAUGAACAGCUCAUGGGUGACGAUGAUGACACUACAAGUCUUACAGCUAGCAGCGUUGGAGAAGCAGAGAGUGUAUUCACAAGUAUAAGCUCCCCGAAGACAAAUUUUCCCAAUCUACAAGGUAGUGUGAAAUACACAAGUGCUGCCAACCUAAGGCCUGCCAGUGUUGCAAGUGCAGGAAGCAUUACUAAAAGGAACUUGCAAGGAGCCGUAUCUGAUUCUUCACAAGUUUGAUGAACACGUAAAAUUAUGUGUGUGUUUUUCUGGAUUCACAUAAACUAAUGUGUGAAAUUUUAACAUAUGCUUUUCACAUAAAACAAUGUGAACUUAUUGUCACAUAAUCUAUAGUAGAAUAAUAUGAAAUUGACGAUUUUAUGCUUAAAAAUGUAUCAACUUUCAUAUAUGUUUUUCACAUAAACUAGUGUUCCCUUAUUUCGUAUUAUUAUUUGAAGCUAUACAUAAACCAAUGUGAAAUUAAUUGUCACACAAACUAACGUGAGGUAAUAUGUGCACAAGUUCAUCCUAAAUUUGCAAGGAGAGGUAUCUGAUUCUCAAGUAUAAUGGACACAUAAAAUAUAUGUGUGUUUUUCUGGAUUCACAUAAACUUAUGUGAAAUAAUUGUCACAUAAUCUAUAGUGAGAUAAUGUGAAACUUGCAAGGAGCUGUAUUCCUAAGUUUAGUGUACACAUGAAAUAUGUGUUUGAUUUGGGAUUCACAUAAAUCACAUAAGACUAAAUUGUAAAUUUCACAUAAAUUUUCCUUUCACAUAGAGUGUUCCUGAAUUUUUAUUAAGAGUGUAAAGUUACACAUAAAUCAAUUUGAAAUUGACUGUCACAUAGACUAAUGUGGGGUGAUAUGUAAACAAGUAUUGCCAGAUCAUAUGAUUAACCUGUUAGCUAUUAAUUUUCACAUGUAACGAUUAACCAGUGUUGAGGAAUUGCACAUUUAUGAGGUUUCACAUAGACUAAUGUGAAAUUGAUUGUCACAUGAAUAAGUUUGCGUAAUAUGCCAACAAGUGUUACCAGAUAAUUGUUUCACAUGUGAAUUUCAACCUAAACAAAUGUUUCCUGGCUUUACAAUUAAUAUAUGUAGUUUCACAUAGUUAUGAAUUCCACAUACACAACUCUUACCAGAUUUAUACUCAAUAUGAGAUGCUCUCGUUUCUUAUGUGUGAAGUUUUACACAAAAUAGUGGCACAUGAUUUUUCUUUUUAUCCAAUUUUCUUCUUUAGUCACUUUAAAAACAAUCAACUGUAUAAUUUAGUAUACAAAUUACUAACCCAAAGCACAUGUAGAAGUGGAAAAAAAAAUAAAAUAAUUCUUGACUUGCCAUAGUUUUAAUUCAGUGUUAUAGCGAAUUGCAUCUUAGACUGUAUUUAUGCGUGAAUAAUAAUAUUGAGUGCUUUUUUCACUCUUGGUAACAUUUUAGUACAGCCAUCAAUUUGACAUCAAGUAAAAACAUAAAAUGUAAAAAA